CCAAUACAAGUUGUGGAAUGUAGUGGUCUCCCAAACAAUUUAUAAAAUUAAUUAAAAUUUGUUUGUUAAAUCGGGCAAAUAAUGUUCCAAAUUAUUUGUGGUUUGAAAUUAUGUUAUAAUAGAAAUUUUUAAUUGAUUUUCCAUCAAUUGAAGUGGUGAAAAAUCGACAUUACUUUCUUUUAAUGAAAUAAUUAAGUUAUAAAAUGUCAGUUCUAGACGAUCGCACUGAAUAUCUAAAAUAUAAUACUGGACCCAAACUAUUUGGUGAUUUCACCCCAUUUUACGUGACCAUCACUAUUUGUUCAGUUAUUGGAAUUUUUCUCAUAAUUUUGAACGUAACAUUUUGCUGGUGUUCACGUCAUCGAAGAUAUUGGCAAGACAGGCACACAGGUAACCGGUGGAUUCAGCCGCUUUGGUCAGUGACGCCACACAAUAAUCCACCUCUCGAUUUAACGGAAUUAGAAAAAGGAACUCAAAACUACGUUCAUCAUCGGCCACAAAUUAUUGAGGACUAUCAAAAAGACGAAUUAGACGUAGCAACAACACAUCCCGAAGAAUAUAUAGAAUUACAUAAACGAGAAAGUGAAAUCUAAGCCAUUCCAUAUUUUUUACACUGCCAUUGUACAAAAUCUAUACAGAUAUAUCUUUUUUUUAUUAUCUGCCUAGUUAAGUACAGAGCCAAAAAAAAAAAAAACAGAGGUAC